AUGUCUUCCGCUGCAUUCAACGGCUACACUCCUACCACACUGCCUAGCGGCGACGAACUCUACGGCCCGGACCCGUAUGACUUCAAUUUCUGCCUCCCCCUCGAUUUUUCCCGCCUCGAAACCGACCGUGUCGCCAUUCAGCCAUUCAUUCCGCGCAUACAUGCACCACACUACUUCGAACAGGUCUCCAACAAUCCUGCUCUGGAACAAUGGUUGCCCUUCCGCACCGACUCCCUCGAGUUCUACCUCACGAUCGCCGAGAAUUGGCGACGCGAACCCAACAACAUUCUGCUCGCGAUCAUCGACAAAGGUCGUCCCGGUGUAGGGCCCCAAGUCCCGGGUGGCAGUUUUGCGGGUGUCAUAGGCCUCCUUCACACCUCCGCCCCUUCGCUCUCCACCGAGAUCGGCCCUGUCAUGGCGUUUACGCAGUUCCAACGGACGUAUGUCACAUCGAGCGCUGUCGGGCUUCUCUUACGCCACUGCCUGGAGGUGCCGGCCAGAGGUGGCCUCGGGCUUCGCCGCGUCCAGUGGAAGGCAAACCCCCUCAACAAGGCCUCGAUUAAGACGGCGACGCGCAUGGGGUUUAAAGAGGAGGGCGUCUUGCGUUGGUACUUCCCUCUACACGAUGAGAAGAAGGUCGGCCAUGGGCGUCCACUCAGAGAGGGCGACCCACUGCCCAAUAAGCCCGGGAGAGACAGCGCCCUAUUGGCGUUCACCUGCGAGGACUGGGAAGGUGGCGGGCGAGAGUCGGCUACAGUUAUCAUCGCUCCAGCUGGCAAGGCGUAG